AUGAUUGAUGAGAUCUCUUUGUUUGCAAGUUUCAUUUAGUUAAAAACAGAAACUCGAUAUCAAAGAUCAAAAUUUAGUGGAUUAUGUUUAUACCCAUCUAUCGUAUUAUCAAUAGCAUUUGAUAGAAGUACUGUAAAUAUAGGAACUGUUUUGAUAACAUUGAUUUUAACAGCUAUUUUAAAAAGUCAUAAUAAAUUAAUUUAUUUCUUAAGAGUAAUAUAAUAAAACAUAGUUAUAGGUUCUCUUAUUAUUUCCAGAGCUACUUCUUUAAAAUUAAAAUCAUGCAUUAAUCAGUUCAUUUUUGAUUAACCAAAUAUAUGUGCCUUACUGGCCAAGUUAAAUUGUGUUUUAGAUGAUUUUGGUUAGAUCAGUGAAUGGAUUAUAUUUGGGAUUUGGAUUAUUAAUGUUGUCUAGAUAUUUUGAAAUUUUAAAGAGAAGAUUCUUUAUAUCAUUUUAUAUUCAAGAAUAUGAUUAACAUUAGAAAGAGUAUGUAUUGGAGAAAUUACCUAUAGAUAUCUUCCUGAUUAAUAGUGAAGCAAACAUUCUCUAUAGUAAUCAUAAUGUAAAAUAAUUUGAUAAUGAAUUGCAAAGGAAAUUGUCAAACGCUAUUCGAAAGAAGAAAACAAAUGAAAUAACAAUAAACAAUAAAUAUUACAAAUUGGAAUAAUAUCAUUCUGAUUAUAUAUUGACAUAAUCAUAAUUUAGUUGUGGAGAUGUUGAAUUAUUUAUAAAAUUAUCUUAAUAAAUAGAUUAAUUGUAUAACUUAAUAUGUUAGGACUAUUAGAAAUGGAACAAUUUAAGAGCAUUUAAAGUAGUGAAAGAGAGUGAUUUAAGUAUAUUAGGUUAAUGUACCACAGAUUGUAGAUUAUUAAAAUAGUAAAUAGAUACCAUCAAUAUUCUAAAUCAUGAUUGUCAAUAAAUAAAAUACUAAUCAUCAUAAAAAGAUGAGUUUUUUUGUAAGUAAAUUGUUUGAUUUAGUGAAGAACUAUGUAGUUAAUGUGAUUGAAUCAAUGGUUAAUCGACUUUAAGAGCAUUUCAAUUUAAUUCAACUUGAAUUUGAAGAAGGUAUUCCAGAAAAACUUGUAGGAAACAAACAUGGUAUUCUUUUUAGUCUAUAUGCUUUUUUAAUGAGUGCCAUGCUUGUAGAAUAGAAAUCAGAUAAUUUAACUAUUAAUGUUAGAAUUGCUUAGGUAUACUUAGAUAAAUCAGAAUAUGAUCUUGAGAUAUCUAUAUGUUUUCCAUGUUCUAACAAAUAAAUGAAAUUAUAUUGUUAAGAUGAAUUUGAGAAUGAAAAUGAAAAAUUCUUGUUAAUUAUGAUCAAUUAAUGUAAAUAAUUACUUUCAAUUGAUUAUAAAACUGAUGGAGAUAACAUUAUUAUCUUAUUAAUAACAAAUGUUUAAUUGUGUAAAAAAAGUGAUAAAUCUUGUGAUAAUAUUUAGAUGGUUGAUUUAACUUUUACAAAAAAUGUUAUUGAUGUAAAUCAUUAUUUUUGGAAUGCAAAAAGAUUUGCAUCUCCAACUAUGACUUAUGAUAAAUCUUUAAGAUCUCCAUUAUAAAAAUGCACAGCCAAAUUUAAUUAUGCUGCUGAUUCAUUGGCUUCAACAAUCAAAUUAUAAUCAAUUCCAAAUUCAGCAUAAGCUUCUGCUGCAAAUUCAAAUGCUUAAUCUCUUGAAAAUACAUUAAUUAAAAAUGAAGACAUAAUAAAAGAAGUUGAAAAUGCUUUCAAAUAUACUAUACAAUUUCCAUAAAUAUAAGAUGAUAUAAUGAAAUUACUUGAAUAAACAUUAUAAGCUGCAUAUAAUGAAGGUAUUUUAGAUCAUGAUAAAACUAUACUUGAUAUUGGAUAUAAUCAUAUACAUUAUGAUAAAUACAGUUAGAUAAGUGUAAGAUCAGAUACACCAUUUGUUUAAGAUUAUGGUGAUCAAUUAAUUGAUUAAAAUGAUAAUGAAUUUUAAAAAAGUAAAUCAAAAUAAUUCAAAACUCCAUAAUUAAAACCUAGAGAUUUAAUAAGAAUUGAUAAUUUGGGAUAAUAACUUAUACAUGAAUAAAAUAAAAAAUAGGAAUAAGUAAAUAGAUCUAUUUAAGGAAAGAGAAAUAAAGAUCAAAAAUAAUUAAAUGUACUAUUUAGUCCUUCUGUAAUGAGCAAGUUUAGUAACAAUUUAGUAUCUAAAGUUUAAAAAUCCAAAACUUAAUUGCCUAAUAUAGAUGAUAAUAAUGGUAUAUAUAUAUUGAGAUUAUAAAGAUAUAAAAUUUCAUAUUCGUGUUAGAGAUCAUAGAUUAAGAAAAUAAUAACGAAAAUGGUCAUGUAGAAUUAGAUUAGAUGAAUUACCAAAAUAAUAACCUAAUAUACUUUGUUUGAUUCCUAAUACUUAAUUUAUUUAAGUUGCAUAAAGAUUUGGCAAUAGUCUUUAUGGAGAUUAAAUGAUUGGUGAACCAAUUAUUACUUAUUCAGUUUCAGAAUUAAUUAAGAUCUAUAAAUAGCAUUUUAAUGAAGGAAAAUAAUUUUGCUUUAUUUUAAUAUACAUUCAUAAAAUUAGUGAAAUAGAAGAAUUAAGUAUUGCUUUAUAAAGUAAUGAAAAUUAAUGGUCUCAAGAUCCUGAUUUCAAAAAAACAGUUAUGAUAGGAGUAUACAAUUAAACUUAAUUGAACAAAAAUCUUUAUUAAUUUCUUAAAUAUACUAUUCCUCUUAGUUAGGAUGCAGAAUAAUUGGCUAAAUCAAAAGAAUGGAUAGCAGAAAUAAGUAAAUGA